AUGCCAUCAGAUGCUACCAUGACUUCGAUCUUCGACGCUGUCAAGUGGAAAGGAUGCUUAGCAAAAUAUACGUCUCCUUACUCCCUCUAUAGAUACAAAGAGUGCCCAACCCCCGAAAACUUUGCCGGCCAACAAAAAGUCCAAGCUUUCGAGCUUGACUACGAUCGACAUUCAAAGUCGACAAGUUUGCAACACGAUCAGGGGUUUCGAGAUGGCAUAGCGGUAGAAUUUUCCAAUACAGGUACUCUGCCUCAAGUAUCGACAAUUGACAAAAUGAUUGGCUGGUAUUUUGAUGAGCAAGGCCUUGCUGAUUUUCUCUGGAGGGAUCUGAAACCAGGGAUGGAAGAAGAGGCUCAAAGUGAGCUGGAUAAAAAAAAGAAGUUCGAUUGGAUAAGGAAGAAUGAAGGCCACCUCUACGGAAUCAAUCGCUUAUGGGCUAUACGAGGAUAUUUCAUCGGGCCCGACAACAACAAUGCCCCGCCAUGUAUCACGGUCUUGUGUGCCAAUGAAGACGUGGCGCGGUUCUUGGUUGACCGUAUCCACUCCAAACUACAUCUUCACAAAGGUUGGGGCGCGACCAGGCUACCUGGAGUCAAGGUAUUAAAAUUCGGGUCUAAUGCUGGAAGCGAUGAUGAUUCGGACAAGGUGGAUGACGGUGACAAACCCCAAGGUGCCACUGCCGGUAGUGAAACGGAGAACACGAUACAGGUUGAUACCAGAUCCCAAGACAAUCAGUCUAUGCCAACCAUGACAAACGGAGAUCUCUCUUCCUGGGCGCUGCAACGUCAUCGAUGUGGCAUUCAAGUCGAGAUCGUCAAAGAAUCAGAAGUGAUUUCAAGAGCAACCAUUGGUGGCCUCAUCAUAGUUGGUGAUGAAGUAUAUGGUUUGACAGUCGGUCAUCUCUUCUCGCCAUUGGCUACGCACGAAGAAGAGCAGCAGAGUACACCAACUGAUACGGUUGCAACUAUGAUCACAUGGCAAGAAAGUGAAGCUUGUGGCAUGGAAUUUGACUGGGCGUUAGUGAAGAUACCAGGCCUCCAGAAACAAGAUGUCGAGUCUUGGAUGGAUGUUAACUUGGUCCGGACGGUGAGCGGUGAAUUUCGUCCCGUUCUCAUUGCUUUUGAGGAACCAUCUCCCUACACUCACGUGGUGAUAGCCACUCCCGGGACGACACGUUGUCUCAGAGGCGUCUUUAUUGGCUCGGCUUCCAUUGUUAACAUCCCAGAAUCACCAUAUCCAUAUGCUACAUGGAUCUGUAGAAUGGAACUUCCAUGGCUAAUACAGCCUGGGGAUAGUGGGUCUUGGGUUCUGGAUGCUACAAACGGUAUACUUCUAGGAGUGUUGGUGGCAGGUUGCCCUGAAUUGCAAGAAGCAUACAUCAUUCCCGCUCACAAAAUCUUCGACGAUAUUGAGCGACAUUAUACACACAACCCAGAUCUGCCUGUUCAUCUUCCCAAUUGCCAUUCCCUCCCAAGAACCAAUCAGAUGGACCUACAUUCGCUCAUCAAGGAAUUCGGAUCUAUAGUGAAGAUUUUCGAGUUGUCCGACUCGCCGGAAAUGCCAGCGGAUUUUGGCAGCCGCAUAGAGAAGUGGAUUGAAAAGGCUGAUGCUUUCACAGAUAUAUCGCCAUUUUCAUAUAGUCUGAGAGCAGAAAACUCGCAAUGGUCGUUUGCUACAUCAGUCAGACAAUAUCAAGACGUGACUCCUGAUGCACCAGACAUGGAGUUUGAGAGAUUUAGUCGCCACCCAAGACUCGGGUAUGAUAUAUUUGAGGACGACCCAAGACUCAGGUAUGGUAGAUUUGAGGACGAGCUCAAAACCGCAAUUCAGCAGCCUCCUUUACGAUGCUACAACUUCAUGAACGAGAAGUUUGUGCCUGAUCUAGAAAAUUUGGAAUUCGUCAUGUUGCUAAGUCUACGGCGAUGUUUGAUGUUGGGCCUCAGCGAAUAUUCGCGCUAUGACACCAAUAUCCCGAACGCCACCAAUCCUUUGCACAGCAUGGCAAUAGAAAGAGAGGCCAUUUUGAUGAACCAUAAAACAUCUGCGAACUAUUCUGGACUUCCAUCCCCUUGGGACAAUCGAUCAGUCAAGAUGCGACAUGGCAAACAUAGGAGCUUCUUUCCAUGGUAUGGCCAUGCUUGUCGACAUAAAUUUCCGGGAGGGUGGUUAAAUCAAUACCGCUACUGGGACCCCAAGAACGGUGACUACCCAGACGAAGUGCACAUGUUCACACCUAGCCCGCCUCCAUGGGAUAGGCUUACUGCUACGGGGGUUCUCAAAAGAUUGCGACACGGUCUUUUGGUCCUGGAUGGCAUCCAAAGGAAAGGUAUUGAAAUAAGUUUACGAGAGACAGAGAUGUCGGAUUUGUCGUGUUUUUCUCCGAGACUCGAAACUGAGAGCGGUAUGGUGCUAUUCGCCGUUAAGGUAGUGAAAAAGGAGCAUCGGUUCUUGGCGAUUUUACCACCGCCCUCUAUCGGUCCAUCUACAUGCACACAUUAUGGGAUACCUGGGAAUGAUUACCCGGAAUAUUACGCUAGUAGCAACGCAAUCGCGUAUUCAUGUUGGAGGCUUCCAUACUUGCUCACGGAUAAAAGCGUUCCUGACGAGGAAAAUCUUAAGCGGUUGCUGUCAGAGCAGUUUGAUAUUGACAUCAGCGCUUUCAAACAACCCCGGAAAUUAAAUCUCCACGCCGCGCACUCCGGGUUCUAUCUGAAAGAGUAUAAUCGAUACGUCGAUGUCGUUAUAUAUGAAGGUCAUAUCGACGAUCAGUCUCCUGGUUGGAAGAAGCAUCGUCCAACAGGUUGGAUCAUGCCAACGGUAAAUCAGGAAGCAGCAAGGAAACACUUAUCGCCUCCUUUUUCUGCUAUUCUUGAUUUCGACGACGUUGAUAUGGAAUUUUAA